GAAUAACAACUUGGAAAACGCUUCUACCCUGCAGGUGAUGCGGUGCCGAGCUUCCCGGAGGCGCUCUCCCUAUCUUGAAAAGCAAAAUGAAGGACCUAGUGUCAAACAGUACAACCAGUAUUUCUCAAGCCAGGAAAGCUGUGGAGCAAUUAAAAAUGGAAGCAUACAUGGAUAGAAUGAAGGUAUCCAAGGCUGCAGCAGAUUUAUUGGCAUAUUGUGAUGCACACAUUGGAGAAGAUCCCCUUAUUAUUCCUGUACCUGCAUCUGAAAAUCCCUUUAGGGAGAAGAAGCUCUUUUGUACUAUCCUUUGAGUCAGUUUUCAAUUAAAAAUGUCAUCUGCUAAAAGUUGGUAUCAGUGUUGCAUGCUUUUAGCAUUUUUUUCUUCAGAUGUCAAUACUUACCCCAUUACUACAAUAUUUUUGCAAGGUAGUGCAAUUUCUGCUAAAAAAACCCUUAAAAUUAAAAAAAAACCCUUAAAAAUUCAAGGUAAUGCUUAUCUUUCAGAGCAAUGUACAAGUUUAACUUCAGUUCUUCAUAAAUAUUCUUGUGGUCUUAAUGAAAAUAUCAAGUACAGUAUCAAAUUGUAGAUAUCUUUGCCAGUCAUAGAUUUUUCUGGGACCUAAAUGAGUCAUACCAAUUCUUGAAGCUAUUUUUAACAUUGUUAUUUUCUUUGGAAGGUGAAUUCAAUUCAAUUGCCUUUACAAAUUUCUAUCUAAAGAGAGUAGUGACCUUUUCCUCAAGUAGCACUAUUUAGGAAAAAGUCCCAGUGAUUUACAAUGUUUAGAAUGAUCAGUCUUAUACAGUAAGUGGUGUCAAUAAAUAUGUUUUCUGAAGACUGUAAGAAACUUGACUACAAAAACAAUCCUAGUAAAGUGCCGUUGUAACUACGAGCAGAAUGAAGAUGUAUAGUCACACACCAGGAUUGCUUCAAUAAAACAGCAGAAAAAUGUG